AUGGGAAGAGGGUCUUCGUUUGCAAUCGACGAAGAGAUGCUCGCUCUCGUCGUCCCUUGCUCGCCGCCUUCACUGUGGUCGUCGGAAUCCGGCUCGCCGCCUUCACUGUCGUCGUCGGAAUCUGGAAUCCGAAUCGCUGCAAUCGACAAGCUUCUUCUACUCGUCGUCACCCACUGCUCGCCGUCUUCACUCGUCGUCACCCAAUGCUCGCCGUCUUCACUGUCGCCGUCUUCACUGCUCGCUAGCUGCGUGGAGAGGAUCGAAGGAAGGAAGGGUUUCGCCGUGAAAUCUGCUAAGCCAAGCAGCGGGGAUCAAAAUGCAAAAGACAAGCCAAACAACACAACGUCCCAACCAAAUGCUUUUGCAGAAUCCAGACUAUUUGUGGACGAGAUUCUCAAGAAGAUUACAGAAUUGCUGCUUUCCAAGAUAAGCACGCUCACAGGAGACGUUGCGAAGCAAGAAGCUUUAACCAACAGUGUCAGAAAGCAUCUUGCUCCAGAUUUACAAAAUCUCACUGUAAUGUUUAAGAACACAACGUAUACACAAGGUUUCUACUCUGGCAGUAACUGUCAACCAAGGUGCCUCUGA